GGGAAUCUGAUUGGCUAUUUGUUCUGUUGACCAGGCAGCUUGGUACCACUACGCAGGAAUGUAGGUGGGAGAGGGUUGUGGACACAAUCUGGAGUUACCCCGGUCGCCGGAACUACCAGGAGUGAGUGUCUGUGCCUUGCGUAAGGGUCGGGGUUUUUUAUGUCAAUGUAGUAAAUUCCGACAGACGGUCUGGGUCAGGAUAGCUCCUAAGAUCUGCAAUGCGCCUCGCGUAUCAAAUCCAGCCGUCACUCGGACAUGCAACCGCGGCCGAACCCACGCGAGUAUCAUAUUCACCACCCAUUCUCAUCGAACUCUGGACGCCUCCACGAAACAGAAAAGGAGAGACGCGAGCGAAGAGAGAAAGGACCAUAGACCAGCAGUACAGAAUGGGUAGGUCGGUCCUUCCCAAACGGGCAGCGAGCAACCACAACAAAACCUGCCGACGCCUGACGACCGACUGCAUUGCCCCUUCAUCACCCACAGCUCUUAGCUCAUAUCCUACAGCAUUUAUUAUCUCCAUUUAUACCUCCUUCGCCAUGGAAUGCCUUCUGCUGAAGCUUCCCCCCGAGCUGAUUCGCUUGAUCAUCGAGCAGCUGGACACCGGCCCAAACCGCCGCGAUCUCCUCACGCUCGCCCGUGUCUGCCACGCCCUCAACAACUACACGAUGCCCGUUGUCUACCGCGACGUUACUCUACGGCUUGGGCAAGCCCGAUUUCUGGAGGGCCUCCUUUCUCGGCGCCCGGGGUUGGCGUAUCACAUUCACACGCUGACGAUCCAUUACCAUACCCCGGACGAGUCCGCGACUCGUCCUGUCCCCCCGCACCAGUUCCCACUGUACGCUGAGUCUUGUUCGAUGAUGAUCCGGAUUAUGCGCGAGCUGCGGAGCCUCACCAUCAAGGGAUACGAGAGGGAGGGCGAAUACAGGCUGCAGAAGAUAGGUCUCGACGGGUUGAAGCGGUUUUGGUUCGCAACAAGGAUGUUUCGAAGUAUCUUCAACGAGGCGUUUUUGGGACACGCUUUGCAGAAGCUGGAAUCAUGCAAACUGGAUUUUAGUGACCGGAUCUCGUGGUCACUGCAUGAUCGGUCAGCGGUCUUCAUCCAUCCUACGCUAAAGAACCUGACGAUUCGCCACGCGACCAUGGCCGACUUUCCCUAUUUUGACCCGAGAUAUGCCAGAUCUUCUGCUUUGGAGAAUCUCGAGUUGAUGUUCUGCGAUAUUGGUCCUGUCACGCUGGCCAAGGUCUUGACGGUCCCAAAGGCACUGCAGUCUUUUACCAUGAAAGGAUACAGGACAAGAUGGACGCAGACAUCGGCCAACUGGCAGCUCUAUGUCGACGCCCUCGCGUACCAGCAGGACUCUCUGUUGAAACUGGAUCUCGACUUCUUCCUCCCCGACAGAGGGCAAUACAAGGUUUUCUCUCUGCGAUAUCUACCGCACCUGCAGGAGGUGAGAAUGAGGCGCCAGGUGUUCUUCAACCGGUGGUCUGCCCGACCUACUGCAGCUCACGUCCUGCCCCACGAGAUCCGCAGGAUGGCCCUUUACGACGACGAGGAUGAAAUUACCAGAGCACACGAGAACUUUUACCUUGCCAAUUUGAGGAACUGGAUGAACCAAAAGCAGUUGCCCAAGCUAGAGUCGGUCCGCUUUGAAAGCGUCUUGACUACGUCGAAGCCAAGAGGGCCGUGGUGGCCGGAUGAACUCGGCGGCCAGGUGGCAUUUGAGCGAGCCGAAUUGGUUGCAAGGGAAGAGUUUAUACCGGGCUGCCGGUUCUGUGUGCAUCCCUAUGUUCCCCGUGAACCAUCCGCUCAGUGAAUGCCGCCAUUUGUCGUGAAUUAGUCACAUCAUCCACUAUGAAUAUGCCCUGCCCUCGACUCUAGUUAUAAUUUGUUAGAUAGCUAUUAAAACCAACGAACUGGAAGAUCUCAUCUUAAUU